AUGCAACCACUGCCAACCACUGCACCAACACCGCCUUCACCACAUAUCACAACGAUUCCGAUCUCAGCAGUAAUGGAAAAGAGCUCUUCCCCCAUGGAAGAGAAGUUUAGCACGUUCCCUGAUGCAUCUUCGGAACAACCGUCUUCACGCUCUUCAAGUAGGAUACCGAAGUACGUGCUCACAUCAAUGGAAAAGGAGCAAACAAACGAGCCUGGGUCGAAAGUCUCUUCUGCACCUACAGUUUCUCCCCCACCUGCCAAACCCUCAAAUCAUACAGAUCUUGUGAUUGAUCGUGAAAAUGUUUCACCCACUUCUCUCAACUCUCCUUCUAACCCGAAACCGAAGCCUAACACUGGCAUACCGAAGCCAUCAAAAAUUCGCCCUCCCAGCACAAGGCAGGUUCAGAUGUGUGCAGCCGGUUCUCAUUCUUUGAGAUUUAUAGGACGAGACCCGGAUAUCUCGAAUUCCGAAGUUUUCUGA